CCGCUGGGCCCCACACCGCCUCUAAUAAAUUGGCAGCCUCCUUUCGGUUCCUCAUCCAUCCAAAAACCCCUCAAAAAAAAAAAAAAUCCCCAAUCUCUCGAAGCAGUUCUCCGAGCGACCGAGGCGAAUCGAAGGAGUCUCUCACGAUCCUAUCAAGAUGCAGAUCUUCGUUAAGACCCUCACCGGCAAGACCAUCACUCUCGAAGUUGAGUCCUCGGACACCAUUGAUAAUGUCAAGGCUAAGAUCCAGGACAAGGAAGGCAUUCCUCCUGACCAGCAGAGGCUCAUCUUUGCUGGCAAGCAGCUUGAGGAUGGCCGCACCCUCGCUGAUUACAACAUUCAGAAGGAGUCAACCCUCCACCUAGUCCUCCGUCUGCGUGGUGGUAUGCAGAUUUUUGUCAAGACCCUCACUGGCAAGACCAUCACCCUUGAGGUUGAGUCCUCAGACACCAUUGACAACGUGAAGACUAAGAUCCAGGACAAGGAAGGCAUCCCCCCUGACCAGCAGAGGCUCAUCUUUGCUGGCAAGCAGCUUGAGGAUGGUCGCACCCUCGCUGACUACAACAUUCAGAAGGAGUCCACCCUCCACCUGGUGCUCCGUUUGCGUGGUGGUAUGCAGAUUUUUGUCAAAACCCUCACUGGCAAGACCAUCACCCUUGAGGUUGAGUCCUCGGACACCAUCGACAAUGUUAAGGCAAAAAUCCAGGACAAGGAGGGCAUUCCCCCAGACCAGCAGCGUCUCAUCUUCGCUGGUAAGCAGCUUGAGGAUGGCCGUACACUUGCCGACUACAACAUCCAGAAGGAGUCCACCCUCCACCUGGUGCUCCGUCUGCGUGGUGGCAUGCAGAUCUUCGUCAAGACCCUCACCGGCAAGACCAUCACCCUGGAGGUGGAGUCCUCUGACACCAUUGACAACGUGAAGGCGAAGAUCCAGGAUAAGGAGGGCAUCCCCCCAGACCAGCAGCGUCUGAUCUUUGCCGGCAAGCAGCUGGAGGAUGGCCGCACCUUGGCGGACUACAACAUCCAGAAGGAGUCCACCCUUCACCUGGUGCUCCGCCUCCGUGGUGGCCAGUAAGUCCUAGGCCAUGGAGUUGGCUUUUGUCCCUGUGUUCACAAGUAUGGUGCAGGUGCCUCCUGUGUCUCUGGAGAUUGUCUGUGUUUCGUGUCCUCGUCGAGUCGUGGUCGUUUGUCUGUCCGAUGUCGAGUCAUGUGGUCUGGUUGUAUUUGUGAACAUGAGCUGCUGUGCAGCAGCUUCGUUGAACCAUGUUAUGAAUAAGUGAACCCUAAACUUCAUGUGGCAAUCUGAUUGUUCUUGGUUUCUGCCUUUCUUGA